AUGGCAUUCUUCGGACUGCCCGAGCGCGACCUAAAAAGUGACCAGCACGAGAAUAUCGCCGUCUACGACUGGAACGACGAGAGCUACGACGGUCUCGGCGAUGCCCUCCAGGAAGGGGGUGACGACUUGAACGACGAGACCUUCGGAUCCACUGACCCUAUUGGCAAGGAUUUUGAUUUUUCUAAUCCUGUCUUGCCAAACCCCCUCCAUGAUCAGAUUCAGCCCAGGCAGCGCGACCAACGUCAGGAGCCUCCACGACGAGAGGAAAGGGUAGAACCCGAGCAACCCCGGACAGUCCAGACGGCCGCUCGUCCCGCUGCCACCAAUUCUCUCGAGUCUAUCUGGCAAGAUCAUUCGCUCUUCUCCACCCUUCCAAGAGCCAACGGUUCUACUCGCAUCGCCGACCAUCCGCGUGCUUCCCCUGGCCCAGCUCAAGCACACUCCUCUAGGUUCUCUCCGUUCGGUAACGAUGCCCCGGUUGCCAUUGGCGGUGUCAUCGGACAGAAUCAACAGGCGCAUCAGCGGGUUCGAACGUUGCAGGAGAUUGAGGCUGAGAUGCUGGCAAAUGCUCAGGCAGAACGCGAACGCGAACGCGAGCGGGAGCAGGAGUAUCUUUUGCAACAGGAGCAGGAGCGUAUCUUACAGGAACGCUUUCUCCAACAGCAGCAGCAACAACUUCUUCAGCAGCAACUACUCCAGCAGCAGCAGCGUCUUCGGGAAGAUGAGGCUCGUCAGCGUCAGCUUUAUCAGCAGGAACAGCAACAAGCUCAGGCACAGCGUUUGUUCUUGCAACAGCGUGAGCAGUUACAGCAGCAGAGAACCCCACCUCCUCGCAUGAUGCCGUCUUCACAAUCGCCACGAUUCCUUGAGCACCACCGGCAGAUCUUACUCCUCCAACAACAGGAGCAAAUGCUUCAGCAGCAGCGUGCGCAGGAGUUGGAAGAGCAGCUCAGGUUGGAAGAGGUUGAGCGUCGGCUCUUGGCCAUGAACAUGGAAAGGGCUCGUGGUUCCCCAUACAACCGACGGGCCCCUGGUUUUCAAGGAGUAGACCCUCAGGAAGUACUUGCUGCUCAACUUCUUCAACAGGCACAAGAACGUCAAUUGUUAUUCCAGCAGCAGCACCAGCAGCAACAACAACAACAGCAGCAGCAGCAAUAUCGUAGGCAGGCAUCCCGUUCUCGCUCACCUGCGGUCAUCAAUAACAAUGCACAAUUCCCCAUCUCGCUGCAAGAAGAGUCUCGUUAUCAGCCUCAAAAUAUCCAACUCCAGCAAAGACUUCUUUCGGAUCUCGCCCAGGCAGACUUUGGUCGUGAUAUGCAUGGCGUUUCUCCUGCUGAUCAAGAAGCUUUGAGAGUCGAGGCUAUGCGCAAAAUCUUGGAGGCAGAAAAAAUGGAAGAAAAGCGUCGCCGUAAGGCUGCCAAAAUUGCACACAUGUCGCGUUAUAACGACCUCAUGACGCAAUCGGACAAGGACUUUAUUACUCGAAUCCAGGUUUCACAACUCGUCACUCAGGACCCAUACGCGGAUGAUUUUUACGCACAAGUAUACGGUGCCAUAAUGCGUUCUCGUAUGGGUUUGCAAUCCCAAGACGAACGCGUUCUCAAGUUUGGCUCUGGAGGUGGUAUCGGUCUGGGAUUGUCAUCUAAAGGUGGCAACAGACGACCGAGCGCAAUGCAGCGCAUGGAACAGCAAGUCGAGCGAAUUGUCAGCAAUGCAAGAAAAAGGGAAGAAGAAAAGGGUCUCUAUGCCGUCCAUAGUCUUCAAGGUGCUUUGGGGAAAACUUCUGGGAGAAGCUAUAAGGCGGCGCCCAGGCAGCUUCUCCAGGUUGACGCUGGAGCAGGCGCAUCGCCUACAUUGUCGCACGCAACUGCUAACCUACAUAUCAGCAAGUCUACAGUUCACAAUGAAGGUGCUGCCAAGGAAGCUGCCAAGCUUGGGCGUGAGGCAUUAGGCCUUGCCGCAGAAGCUCAAACGGAUGAUCUAGUGAAAAAAGAACCUCUCACACAUAGAAAGGUUCUUGUCAUUCUUGAGGAAUUGUACGACGUAGUUCUCCGAGUUGAGCAACUCAGGAGAGAUCAACCUUCACCUGAAGAUGUAGAGGCUUCCCAGGAAUGGAAAAAGGAAUACGAUGAACUUGUCGACAAACUUUGGGAUGAAUUAAGGGUCAUGGUCCCUCUUCAAACGAGUGAUCCUCACCCUUUCAUUUCCCUUUUGACGCCGACCAAGGGCAAAAAAAUUCUGCCUCGUCUCACUCGGCUACUCGACAAUCAACGAAUGCUUACUUUGUUGACGUUGCUUGUGGCGUGCUUCAACCAGUUGGACGUAGUUCGAAAUGCACCCAUUCUUGAUACUAUCAACGACACACAAGAAAGAUCUGAUGUCGAGCGCCAGACACAGGCAUUUUUGGGCAGCGUCAUGCAGAGCAUAUUACCGGUCAUUUCGGUGGCCAAUCUCCGCCUUGUAACGGGUCUUCUUGGAUUGUUGUUGACUCGCAGUAACAUUGUCACUGUUGCUCGAACCCGACCUGGUCUGGCUUUGUUGACCCUUUUCCUCAGUAGAGUGGAGGUGAUCAAACAAACGAUAGCGACGUCUGAUUUGGCAGAUGUGGCAGAAGCCCCCACAAUCGAGGAGAGUCAGCAAUGGCGACUAAUGUUUGAUCAUCUGUUCCAACUGCUUGCACCUCAUCUGCUCUCCCUAUUCCCUUCAUCCCGCAUUGUCAACCCAGAUCCUGCCAACCAUCCGGUGCCAACGGAUACUGUGGACCAACCUGUCUGGCAAUUCCUAGCAGCCUUGGCUCUGCAUGGGUUCAACGAGCAACAUCAUGUGUUGGUUGGAACACUCCGUGAAAAAAUUUUGGACAAUGUCCUCAGUGUAAACAAGGGCUGGGUCCACGACGAAGAACAGCGACAAACCAAGCUAGCCAAUGUUAAUCUCUUCUUGCAUGCCGUUAACCUAGACAGCUCUCAAAUUGCUAUGUAA